CUUUAGCCCUAUCGUCAUGCUAUCGUCGCUAGCGCAUCACAACAACAUGGCGCAGCUGUGAUGGUUGUGGCAACAAUCGCGUAGUUUCUUGGCUGUUGCCGCUGACACACAAGAUGUCAACGUUUCCCGACGACACCACAGGUGACCUGUCUCAGGUGAAGAGCGAUGAGGACGCUAAGGGCAACGCUGCCAACGUUGAUGACCAUGAAGCGGAACUCGACCAGGACGACGCUGAACACGAUCAUGACCAUGAUAAUGAACAUGAUCAUGAACAAGACCACGAUCUAGAUGAGCCAAAGGCACCAGACUCUCCAGACAACGAAAUCACUCUUCAGAUGCUCGAAGAGUCUGUCAGUCACACCCCGGGCCCAAGCCUUGCUUCGCGGAGAGUCGAAGGUGCUGCCGGUGGCUCAGACAGCCAGCCGGCGCCUAGCAAGACGCGAGAGCAGCUUGAGGAAGAAGAACGCGAGAAGAUGCAGGUUCUCGUAUCCAAUUUCUCGGAAGCGCAGUUGAACAGGUAUGAGAUGUACCGGCGUUCAGCAUUUCCGAAAGCAGCAGUGAAGCGGCUGGUGCAGUCACUCACAGGUUGCUCGGUCUCGCAAAACGUGGUUAUUGCAGUGUCUGGCAUUGCAAAAGUGUUUGUGGGUGAAGUAGUGGAAGAGGCACUUGACGUUCUUGAGAAGCAAGGAGAGACUGGGCCUCUACAGCCCAAGCACUUGCGCGAAGCUGUUCGUCGUCUCAGGGCCCGUGGCUUUAUCCCCAAUGGACGCAAGCGGCCGGCCUGUGUUCUCAGGUGACAUCAGCAGUCAGGAAAGGAACCGUGGUGAUAACUUGACAGCACAUUGUUGCUGCUGAUACAGAGACUACAGGUGUGAAUGUGCAAAAUAUUUUAUUCAUUGUAUUCUGUACAUUUUGUCAUAUUUCUUUACCACAUCACCAGGAGUUGUUCAUGAAGUGUGAAGUAUGAAAAUGAAAAGUAGUUAAAUAAUAAAAGAAUGUGGUGCGAUUA